AUGGUCGUUCACAAACACAACGGAGUCCACGCCGACCACGAGCGACAAUCGCCUCACAGCGAAGACGGUAACAAUUUGUUCUUGCCUUCCAAUAUUGAUUUACACGUACUACAGCUUCCAAUAUUGAUUUACACGUAGCUACACACCUCACUACGUAUGUCGGCUUCACUAUGAUGCUCGAGACUGUUUGGGCUGACUGCAAUUUUGAAGGCACGCGGGUUCAAAGCGGGUGGCUGCUGGGCCACACGAGAUGCCCUCGAGCCCAGGCCCUCCGGGAGAAAUCUGCUCGCUGAAACGUGAAAGCACCCUGGGAGUAUCUUUUUCGCCUAGCAGGGAGCACGCACUGUAUUCAUAUGAUACAAAAAAAUCACUCACUUACGAAUCUAUCAUAUGGUCGAUCUUUUCCAAUCCUACAGAAUUCUUCGAAGAUCCUGCGGAGCAGGAGGGUGUCGAUGAGACGCGAUUGCGAAUCGCGAAAGAGUAUUUGCGAACCAUCGCGGGAACGGACAGCAACAGCAUUGGCAAACGCAAACGAGUAGCAGAGGAUUUUGACAAACCGCAAGUCGCCGAUGCAACCUUUCAACUCGACACGCCGAUAUUUUUUCCUCGCGGACAUCAGGGCACAUGUACUAAUUUUUCAUGGUGGAGUCCUCUUUUUUUGUUCUGUGAACGCGAUCGCAGGCAAGGCUUACUCAGAUUGUUGCCGGGCCACAUUUGGAGUCAUUGUAUGUUCUGUACUUGGUUAGUGAGAACAGAUAACAGAUAGCGAGAAGUCGACUGGUUCUCGAUGCUGGAAGACUAGCGACGCCGUCCACGGCAGGGCUCUCUCACCAAGCUGACAGCACUUAAGACGUACAAUUAAACUCGAACACGGAAAAGAGAGGAAAAACCAAUAUCAGGUCAGGAUAUUCAAAACAGCCGAAAAGGCGGCCUCUCAGAGGCAAAAAGCAGCGCGAGCUUUUGCAAGUGUAAACGCAGGAGCCGCCUUUUUUAUAUAUGAUAAUGCCCGACACGGGUGGCAGAGCUUUUCAAUCGCGCAAGAAAGUAAUGCGUGUGAGUGCCUGUCGCUGUCAGCAUUGUUGUUGAAUUUUUCAAGAAUUUGCGCUCUCGUGGAUAUGCUUCAGAAGGUUUGCGCCUUCAGAGGAAUCUACAGAAGGUCGGGUUCAGAAGGUGGCAAAACUUCUGAAGAAUAUUUGAAAGAGGCAGAAUGAAAUUGCUGCACUUUGAUAAAAAGCGAAAAACCUUCUGAAGGUUUUGAACCUUCCGAAGGUUUAUCAAAGUGGCCUUCUGAAAGCUUGCUUUUUGUCUAAAAAGUUGCAAACUCUUCUGAAGGUCAAGAAAGUUCGACCGUCUGAAGGUUUUCAACGUUCUGAAGAUUUGGCCUUCCGAAGGUUUUUUUGCAUCUUUUUCACGUUUUUACUGUGAAGUUCAAAAAAACCUGCAGAAAGCACGACCGCCAGAAGGUUAAAAUAUUCACGAUUAUCCCGAUCCUAUUUUCAAGCAAAAAAAAUGCGUCUCUUGCUGAUUCUUCUGAAGGUCCAAGUCUUGACCUUCGACCUUCAGAGGUAUCUGCAUGAACCAGGUACCCUGGCCAGACCAGGCACCUGGGGCCAGGUACUAUUCUGGACCAGGUACCCUGUGGACCGGGUACCCGGGGAACUGGGUUGCCAGCAACCACGUCGGCCGCGCACUCCGGCCGUCUGCCGCCCGGCCUGGUCGUCCGCCGCCUGGUCUGCCCUUCCGACGCCCGGCGUGGCCGUCUGACGCCACACUCCGGAUCACCCGGCUCACUGGGCACCUGAUUCUCCGGGUUACCUGGUCCAGGGUACCUGGUCCGGUCCAGGGUACCUGAUCCCAGGGCGCGGCGCCUGGUUCGCGCCUUUGCAUGCCUUCAGAAGGGCUUAAAGGCUGUACGAUUAAUCGACCCCCUUUUCGAUACCGAAAAGGGGGGUAGAAGCGGGACUCUGACCGAGCUUACCCCCCCCACGCCCCCCUUUUCGAAAUCAAGGGGCUGUUUAUCGCGAAACCUAUCGCGAAUUUCAAUCCCAACGGCACGGCGCGCCUAACGCCUUUCGCCGCUUGGUUUUUUAAAAAGCGCAACGGCAGCCACAUGCGGCGGCCAGCUUCGAUGGAUUGCGAGGCGCACUACCGUGCGCAAAGUACACAGCGCCGACGCUAUCGAGCGAGUUCUCGUUUGUUCUUAUUCUUUUCAUAAAAAAAGAAGCGCAAGGGAAGCAAAGCGGAACCGACGCGCUUUCUGCUUCUCAAAAUAAAGCCGGCUCCCGAUCUCCGAAAACAAAGGGGGCGGCUUUCUUUCACAGAGCCCAGCAGCAGCACAGCUGCCCCGGUGUAAAUCAUCUCCAACUUGAUAGCCACCCCACUUGGUUGGAGACGUAGGCCGUGGACCUACUGCGCAAAAAAAAAAGCUGCUUCGCAGUAGCUUGGGCGCAGUUUGUAGACGUAGACCCACUGUGGAGCAGCUCUACCGCUCAAAAACGGAGGUGGUUCGCAAUGCAUCAUGGCGACGCUUCUUCUCCUGUGAAGUAGCUCUAUUGCACAAAAACAGGGCUGCCACGCAAUAGACCACCAGGGGGCAGCUACGUGCAGCCCAGCAUUGCACGACAACCACCCUCGGGAUGUUGAAGCGACCAUCUCAGCACUUCCUGCAUUUGGAAAAGCUGAGGCGGCCACUUUGACCACUGGGGCGGCACGUUCUCCGCUGCAUGUUCUCCGCUGCGCGCGCGCACCAGCGCGCGCCGCGAGCUUUUUCUCAGUUUGCGCGCGCGCAUCGCGCGCUUGAAGCCUUUUCUGUUGUUGCAUCCGUAUGCCGGUCCGCGCGCGCCCAAGAAAUUUAUUUCUGUUGUUGUGUUUCAUUCUGUUCCAGCCACACCACAGAAACCGCAGCAGAAGGGAGACGCGCUGAGAAGCCGCAGCAAACAAAACGAAGCGCUUUUUUGCCGGGGCGGGGAAAUUGCGGAUUUACAUUUUUGAAGUCCGAAAAGAAAAACUGGUCGGGUCCGGAGGGACCCGGCCAUGUCUGGAUACGGCCCGCCAGACGACCGACUGCACCUACCCCCCCCUUUUCGGUAUCGGAAAGGGGGUCCUUCUCAAGAAGGAGGGCCAUAAAGAAAAAAAACCUUCUCAAGAAGGAGCAGCAAUCCUUUGCAGCUUUCUUGUCCCUAUAUUUAUUGGAUUAGCAGCCGCAGCGAAACAGUUUACGGGUUGCGUCCAUACACCUACAGGUACGAGCGCGUGCGUAAGAAGAGACCAGACCAGAGUGUAUUCCGGCGGCAAGGAUUGCGUCGUCUACGAGUGGGAUGUCGAAUCACGAAAGAAAGUUCGUUUCUCGGGCAGCCCCCGCGAGUAAUCCUAAUCUGCUUACAAUUGUGUGUAUAUAUAGACCUGAAAGUGAUGUUGGCGGGAGAACACCAACGUCGGACGUCAACUUGUUGCCCGAAAUUUUAAGUACAAUAUUUCAACUUUCACUUUUCAAAAAUGCGUCGUGGUAACCAACGGUACUUACAGAAUGAAUAAACGAACACAACAGUUUUGCGUGCGGUGGACAUCAUGCUGAGGUGCUUGAUGUAGCGUUUUGCGAGGCCCUGCAGCUCUUGGUCAGUGUCGGGGGGGAUAGCUUGGUUCGAGUCUGGGACCCUCGCGUUUUCACGAAUCGUUGCAUUCGGGAACUCGCGGGGCACCAGCGCGGCGCCCGCAUUACUGGCGUGGUGGUCGAUGGCACGAACGUAUUCACCACCGGCACCGACAAGCUCGUCAAGCUCUGGGAUCUGCAGCAUUUUGCGUGCCUUGACACGUACUUGGGGCACACCGAAGCUGUCACGUGCAUCGACUUGAAUCAGACCAGCAGGCCGAUCACAGGAAGCGCCGACAAGUCUGCGAGACUUUGGAAGGUACUUGUUUACUUCUUUGACCGCAUUAGAAAAGACAUGAAAUAGCAAUGCGCCAGAUCGCACGCACUCAGACUCUACUAUACGCUUGGACCAUUCUUGCUACGUAACUAUAUAAUUUUUUGUGGCAAAAACAAAAACUGUACGAUUUCGCAGACUACACAAGAUUCGCACUUGCUCUUCGCAAAGCACACGAGUUCUGUAGAUGCAGUCUGUGCGCUGCAGAGUAGUGCCUACGCUAGUGGCGGAAUGGACGGCCACCUGCAUCUCUGGUCCGCAGAAAGUAGCAAGCCCAAGGCGUCAUUCGAAAACGCGCACGGCGGCAUGUGGAUUAGCAGUCUCGGAUGCGUGCGCCACAGCAACUACCUUCUAUCUGGCAGCAGCGAUGGCUACCUCAGGUCCUGGAAAAUCCGAGAAAAGAGUGCCGGCGUAACAGGUGACGACGUAAUAAAGCAGCAGAAGCUGGAUUCUGGUGCGGCGACUGCGUGCAAUGGUCGAAGGAAUAAGAGCGUGCAGACCAAGCAGACGCUCGUUCCACAAGAAGCGAUUCCCGUAGCGGGCGUGGUGAAUCAAAUCGUCGAAAGCGAAAGUUUCUUCAUCUGUGCGGUUGGUAAGGAACCUCGGCUAGGGCGGUGGGAAACGCUCAGAAGCUGCAAGAACGGUAUCUGUUUGGUUCGCAAGCGGCAUGACUGA